CCGAGCCGCCGACAGCGUCAACUGGCAAAAAUAGCCGAUCGCGAAAUUCUAGUUAAUCGGGUAGAUUAAAUUAUUGAUAAAGAUCACACAGAAUAAUGGUUCACAAUGGUGAAGAAAAUGAUGAACUACUGGAGCUUGUGUCGGUGGAACCAGAAAAUCCACCUGAGGAUAAAGGGAUGCUCAGGGAACGUAUAGCCCAAAUACAGAAUAAUAUCUCCUCAGAGUAUCAUGAAAUUAUACUGCCUGAAAUUGCUCAAAUAAUUCUCAGUGAUUUGAAUAACGCCAUCCAAAUGGACACCCUUACAGCCCUUCUUGAAACACUAGACAAGAUUUUCAACGAUAAUCAAGUUUCACCGGACCCACAAGCAUCAAAUGCAACAUCACUACACUCAUAUCUACCCCGAAUACUAAGACGCAAUGAUCGGAACAAUAAUUCGGCUAAUGAUCUUCUCCGGUUCAUCACAAAGAUUCUUGAAGACUCUAAGAAUAACGAAAUUCCUCCUAAUAAAUUAUACGAAAUUGAAAAGCAAUUCACCAAUUUGAUGAAACAUCAUUUCAAACAUUUUGAAUACCGGAUGAGAACAAACCAUCAGAAAAUCAAAGCUCAAGAGGAAAUUUCACGAAAUCUUUCGGCAUGGCGUCAAGCAAAAUUAGGUGACAUCCAAUCUUCAAUAAUGGCCAUAAAAAAUAACUGGGAAUCGGCUGAAGCAAUGUGCGAGUUGGAUUUCAUCGGAGCCCAUCCAACGCUGACCAUUAUGUCGAAAGGGACGAACGAUUUCGCUCCACUAUUGAAGUGUAUUCUGGAGAUAUUCGUAACAGUCAAAAAGCGCAUUCAUCCAGAUCUCAAUAGCUCACUACAUUAUGCCACAAAUAAUCGCAAUGAAGAGUUCACUAACUGGUUGUUGAACCAAAACUCACUGGAUGUUGACAUCCGCAACAGAUGGGGUAAGACAGCGCUGUUUGAGUUAUGCGAAAAUUACAGAUCUGCGAGAAAUUUUAUCGUAAGGAACAUGCCACAAAACAAUUGGGAUUCGUCUGUGAACUCAUUGGAAGAAUACAAAAACCUCAUACUCCUUGUUGUAAAGCAAAAGGCCUCAUUCAACAUAUGCAGCGAUUUGGGGCAUCUUCCAUGGGAAAUCUUGAUACAACGAACUUUUAGUGCAUUUUUUAUCAUAGGGAAGGAAACGCAGAAAAAGAAGCAAGAGAAGCAAAAAACAAAUGAAAAGAAAAAAAAUAUAGGAAAGGAAACGCAGAAAAUGAAGCAAGAGAAGCAACAAACAGAUAAAGAGAAAAAAGAAAAGCAGCAAAUGGAGCAACAAAUGAUUGACAGUGAAUCAAAAUUUCUUAAAAGUAUCGAAGAAAUUGCUCAACCACCUAUCAGCAGUCAUGCGAGUGAAUCAGUCCAGGAAAGGGAAUCAUCAACUGACAUGGAUGUGCAACCGGACCCCACUCAAGACAACGAUUCUCAGGACGACGGUGAUUCUUUCCUAGCUCAAUUAUCGCCGGAAUUAUUUGGCGAAGGAAAAAAACCGUCGAUUAAAAUCAAAGACUUCAUUCUGAAAAAAUCAGACUUAAAAUCUAGUGAACUAAAAAAGGGAUAUGAAAUUACGAUGGAGAUUCUAGAGAUUCUUCUACGGUUUGAAAAGCAAGAUGAUUUCCACAAGCGGAUUGCAUCGUUUAUAAAUGUUGACGAGAAAAAGCUUAUCAGCCUUCUUCUUCAUACUGCUGUUGAAAAGGGCAUAGAAGAAAGUGUCAAACUGAUCGUAAAGUUGUUUGAGAAGAAAAUUUUUGCUUUGGAUGCCACCAAUCGCUUCACGCACCGUUUAGAGUUAAGAGGUCUAUUGCGGAAGGCACGCGGUAAUAUACUUAGUUUGCUUCUUGACAGUAUGAGUGCGGACAAGGUUUUCUUGAAUGAAGAAAAUAUUCUGAUUGAAAGACUAACAAUGGCUAUUUCCGCGGAAAACAGUGCUGAGCAGUCGGAAAGACUUGAAUGUGCCAACCUGAUGGCAUCGAGCGAGCAAAUUGAUAUCUAUUCAACAGACACCAAUGGCAACACAGCGUUGCAUAUUGCCCUGCAAAAUGGAUUCGAUUCCGUCGGAGAGACACUAACGGAAACGGGCAAGUCCAUGUUUCUGGGCGUUCCUAACCGUAAAAGGGAAAGUCCCCUGGCCAACGCGCCUUAUACGUUCAUUGGGAACUAUCUGAACCGAUGCAUUGAAUCAAGCAAGGAAUCAGAAUCAAAGCGGGAAAUCCUCAUCAAUUAUGAUGGAUUCAGGUCCAAAAACGGGAGUAGAUAUUCCGCCAUGAACUGUGUUGUAGAGAUGGCCAACACUAGAAGAAAACAAGAACUUCUGAACCAUCCGGUGAUCUACACGUUCGUGAUGAUUGAGUGGCUCAAAUUCAGCUCUUGGCAUUUUGCAAACAUCUUAAUUACGCUUUUUGCCACUACUUGUUUCUGCGGUUAUGCUUAUUCGCAAAUUAUCGAUGAAGUGUCUUCGCCGUUGACUUCGUUGCUGGGAUGGGUAAGCUUCAUUUGUGUGAGUUUUAGAGAACUACUGCAAAUGAUAGCUUUUGGCGGACGAUAUUGGAUGCUGUUUCAGAACCACGUAGAUUUGCUAAGCAUCAUCGGAAUGGGUGUUUCAAAAAGCUACGAAACACCGAAUGGACGGUCGUUCGAAUAA